AUGUCACAAUAUCCAGAGGUUACUGGCGAGGGAGAAGAAGACGAAGUAAACCCGCUGGGGCUUUACGAAGGUGAACGAAACGCGCAAGGCGACAGACACGGCUACGGAAAAGCUUUGCUUCCCAAUGGCGACAUGUACGUUGGCCAAUACUGUAAAGGGUUAAGGCACGGUCGAGGGCUGUAUGUAUUUAAAAUCGGUGCUCGAUACGACGGUGAAUGGAGGCGAGGCCUUAAAUACGGUCAAGGAACCUUUUGGUAUCCGGACGGAACGCGAUACGAGGUGUGUUUUGUAGGUGAAUGGAAGCGCGACAUGAAAUAUGGUUUUGGUGUAUAUUAUUACAUAAACGGAGACGUUUAUGAAGGAUCGUGGAAAAAACAUUUUCGACAUGGUAUGGGAUCUUACCUUUACGCCGAUACAAACACAAAAUUUAUGGGCACGUGGAUCAAGGAUCGUAUGCAAGGACCUGGACAAUUGAUUUACUCUCGACAUCGAUUCCACGGACACUGGGAACUGAACCUGCCCUAUGGUCGUGGAUGCUUCACCUUUGAAAAUGCUUGCAUGCAACAUGGACACUAUGUGCAUGUGAAAGAUCCUAACUACGAUGAAACGAAAGAUGAAACUACCGAGGUAUUUGAAGAACUAGUUGCAGAAACUGCACCUACAAGAUUAGAAGGUACUGCAGCAGAACUUGAAAACUUAGAAAAUGCAGAAACCGACGUUGUAAAGCCGGAAACUGAAAAACCUGUAUUAUUCGAGCCGCCAUCUUUGAAGAAAGGCGUUAUACCAUUAUGGCUACGUUGUAUUACACCUUAUAAUCCUGAUUUGUUGCCACCUGAACCAGUACCUCUACAAGAAGAGGUAUCCUUGGACUCUCUAGUAGAUAAAUGUUCGGAGGAACUGUCGAUAGUGCCGGAACAAUACUUAAGAUAUGAAGGCGAAUACGAGGGUGAACACGAGGAUUACUAUGAAGAAAAUAAUUAUCGUAGACCAUCUCUUACAGCAAUUUAA